AUGUACCAUACAAGUGGAAGAUCCAACAUCUUACUUGUUCUUGCAUCAACUUCGGCACUUGUCUUGCUCUUGGUUUUGGCCUUGGUUCCAUCUGUCGCCGUUGCGAGAAAGAGCCCCGGAAACGCUCCGAUUCGCAGUUUACAUGUCCACGAUCAUCUCCGAGACGCUUCCUCCGCGUGCGAAGGCACGUUGUACCCCGACCUUUGCGUCGCCGUCGUCUCUGACAUCUCGGAUUUUGCCUCGAAAUCUCUCGAGGAGCUCAUCUCGACAAUCUUGAACCGGGCAAUGUACGAGGUGACGCUCAGCUCCGCAAAAUGUGCUAAUAUCGAAAAGAGACUCAAGCGUAACGACACGUUGGAACGGGACGCGUUCGACGAUUGCAUUGAGCUUUUCAACCUCACAUUGGCGGAGCUGACGGUGGCCCGAGCGUGUCUUACUCCGGGGAGAUCACGAGUCUCGGGGAACCGACACAAGUUAGGGACGUUUUUGAGCGCGGCAAUGACGAACCAGUACACAUGUCUCGACGGGUUAGAUGGUAGCAAAGGGAAUGCGAUACACACUAUUGAAAAAAGCGUACACAACAUAUCUCAUCACAUCAGCAACUCUCUUGCAAUGCUCAAAAGAGUCCCCAGUGUCAACGGAUCGAAAUCUGAGUUUUUCCCCGAAACCGGUGGCCGGGAAAAGGAUUUUCCGGCGUGGUUAUCGGGGAGAGACAGGAAACUUCUAUUGGCUCAGAAUGAUCAAAUAAAGUUCGAUCUUAUCGUUGCCGGUGAUGGUAGUGGGAAUUUCACUAAGAUCAACGACGCCGUGGCAGCAGCUCCAAACAACAAACGCAAAAGGUUUGUGAUAUAUAUAAAAAGCGGAACUUAUUUCGAAAACGUAGCGGUCGGAGCAGAUAAGAAAAUGUUGAUGUUUGUGGGAGACGGUAUGGGGAAGACGGUGGUGAAAGCCAACAGAAACGCCGUCGAUAGCUAUACAACUUUUAGCACGGCAACCGUAGCGGUGGCCGGCGACGGAUUCAUAGCCAAGGCGAUGACCUUCGAGAACACGGCGGGGCCGAGCAAACACCAAGCGGUGGCUUUAAGGAUCAACGCCGACCUCUCCGCGUUCUACAAGUGCAGCGUACUCGCCUACCAGGACGCUCUCUACGUUCACUCCCUCCGGCAAUUCUACCGCGAAUGCGACGUGCACGGAACGGUCGACGCCAUCUUCGGGAACGCGGCGGCGGUCUUCCAGAACUGCAAUCUAUACGCCCGUAAACCGAACCCUUCCCAACAGAACGUCUUCACGGCGCAAGGAAGAGAUGAUCCGAACCAGGACACUGGGAUUUCAAUCCUGAACUGUAAACUGCUCGCCGAUUCUGAUUUAGCCCCGGUCCUUUCGUCGUUCGAGACGUAUUUGGGGCGGCCAUGGAAAGAGUAUUCGAGGACGGUUGUUUUGCGGUCGUAUAUAGACGAUCUGGUGGAUCCUGCUGGAUGGGCGGAAUGGAGCGGGAAUAUUGGUUUGAGUACGCUUUAUUACGGGGAGUACAUGAACACAGGGCCAGGGUCGAGUACGAGCAAAAGGGUGAAUUGGCCUGGUUAUAGGGUCAUUAAAAGCUCCGAUGAGGCGAACCAGUUCACUGUUGGGUCAUUUAUACAAGGAAAGGAGUGGUUGGAUUCUACUCAGAUCCCAUAUUAUCUUGGCUUCACUUGAAACAUAAAUGGCAUUCACCUGAGA